AUGUCAGAUAUCAUACCUGCUCACCACAUUACCCGUACCAUGUUAUCGAACGGUACAACUGUCCAUAUUAACGAUUAUGUCUACCUUACACCAGAACAUCUAGGAGAGCCUUAUUAUAUAGGCCGAGUCAUGGAGUUCUGCACCUCAACUAAACGAAAGGGAUUACAAGCUCGCAUUGCUUGGUUUAAUCGACCCAAAGACGUAAUCAAUCGAAAAUCGGCUGAUCCUUGCCUCUUAGUAGCAACGAUGCAUUCCGACAUCAAUCCUGUUUCCUCCAUUCGUGGCAAGUGUACUGUCACCCAUAAAUACUACGUACAGCAGAUUGAUCAGUAUCGCAAACAACAAGAUAACUUUUAUUACAAUCAAUUAUAUGAUCGAUACAUUCAGCGUGUUUACGACGUUGUGCCAUGUGAAACUGUACAGAACCUACCCAUGGACACAUUAGAGGCUCUGAAACAGCGAUAUCAAUUCAUUGUUGUCGAACAAGGCAAAGCGGCCGAUCUGACUGUGGCUAGGCGAAAUUGCUGUGUCUGUCAAGAAUGGUGCCAAAGUGCGGUAUCUGUUAAAUGCGCUGGAUGUCAAAAGAGCUACCACAUGUCUUGUUUAAACCCCCCUCUUGUACGUAAACCAUCUAAAGGGUUUGCUUGGCAAUGUGCGUUCUGUACUCGACAAGAGGUCCUGGCCGACUCCUCUUCUUCACAAAGUCCGAUGUCAAUUGGUAGAGAUACACCGCCUAUCAGACCUUCACCGGACUUGGAUCAUCCACCCAGUAAAAGUGAACUGAAACGACAAACUCGUGCUACCCGCUCUCAAGCAUCCUUAAUAUCAACAUCCUCAUCAUCAGCAAAACUGACCAUACAGCAAUCACAACCCACACAAGAGAUUAAAUUAAAAGCGCCCAAAAAGGCCCCCAAAAAUCAACAAAUUAAAAUGACACACAUGUGGCCGUUUCGCUAUUUCGGAAUCAAUACAAAUAUUGGUGAUAUUCUUGAUGUGGAUGACCGUAUUUACCCAAGGGCAAAAAGUAGAAUUGGUGUACGAUAUCAAGCGUCGGUGCCUGAAUGGGAUCAAUGUCAAAGCCCUACUACAAGCGAUUCACUAUCCUUCAAAUCAAAGAAGAAGAUGGAUAAGAAAAAGUCAAAUAAACGAUCAGUGGAAGCAAGCCCUGAUGCAGAACCAAUGGACGUGGAUGAAACUGCCGAAACACCCACGAUCCCUACUCGAGGUGGUGAUGAUACAGUUACUUGUAUAUACCGUCCUGGCAUCCUCGACAAUGAACAAAUUGAUGAUUAUAUGUCGCAAGUCAAGGAACUAAAGAAUAUCCCAUUGGCACCUCAUUCAUCCGAUUUAAUGGAUCGUGCUUUAUUGGAACUCGAAAACCAUGAUUAUCAUACUGACAAGGCUUUCGAAACCAUGACGGAAUUAUCUGGGGCAGAUUUCGUGCACGAAGUAGAAUGGACUCAAAAGGAAAUGGAUGCGUUUGAACAGAGCAUACGGGAGCACGGUCAUGAUUUGAAUUUCGCUAAAAGCAUUGUACAGACCAAAUCCAUGGCGGAUAUCGUGCGCUAUUUUUAUCAAUGGAAGAAGACCGAGCGUUACGAAACCGUGUAUUCUGAUUGGACUAAAAUAUACCGACCGCUUAAAAAGUUCAAGAAAUUUCCUCGUAGUCAGAUUGUUGAAUCAAAACAGGACGACCAAUAUCUACAAGUAGAUAGCGAAGAGGAAUCGGAUCCAACCAUUGUACCCAGAGCCACCUACACAAAGCCAUAUCAGUGCAUGAAUUGUUUGACGGAUGAAUCCAAAAUAUGGAGACGAUCUCCCUCAGAUUUCGACCGAAAGCGAAAAGUGUUCAACAAGGUACUUUGUGAUGACUGUGGUAUUUAUUGGCUGAAAUAUGCCAAAACAAAGCCUAUUGCACCCGAAAAAAAGAAUGCCAAUAGUACACCUACUUUGUCCAUCAUGACCACAAGUACUGCUGCACCGGAAGAGGAUCGAAAACGUAAAAGAUCAACUGAUAUCAUCAAAACGGUGUCAAAAAAGCAGAAGGAGAAUGUACGUCAACCCACACCUGUACAUUUCGAGCCUACACCCUGCAAGGUCUGUCAACAUACAGGUCCUUCAGAUCAGCUCUAUGUAUGUCAUGGAUGCGGUAUGUCUGUGCACGACGAUUGUUAUGGCAUUGAAAAGAAUUUGGAGCAAACAGGUUGGUUGUGUGAUCCAUGCGAUAACAAGAUACAUCCAGUGGCUUCAUAUAUUUAUGAAUGUGUCUUGUGCUUUCAACCUCCCCAAAGCCAACAGCCUUUAAAGCGAACCUCUGGCUAUUACUGGGCUCAUGUGCAAUGCGCAACAUUUAUUCCUGAGAUCAAGUAUGUUCAGCCUUCAUUACUUUCUCCUGUCGAAUAUAUUGGUUGUGUCAACCCAGCACGUCUUGAGGCAGAAUGUCACUUAUGUCAUCGACAACGUGGUGCUUGUGUCGCUUGUACAGAAUGUAAAAAACCAGUGCACGUCCAAUGUGCCAUCGAUCAUCAUUUCAAACUGGCUUUUGAAAUUCAACCCAAUACCCAUAAUAGCAACAAGUCUACCAAAUAUCCCAUAAUUCCUGCUGGUCUGUUUGGCCCAUUAUCACCUUCCGGCCUCAUGAUCCCACAAGUAUGGUGUCCUUCCCAUAACUUGGCCAACCGCAAGCUGAUUGAACUCCACACAAGAACACACAAUCAUACCCCAGAGUCUUCAAUCAUAACCUACUCCAAGAAUUAUAAAGGCAUUGCAAAAGGCACAACGCCUGCCAUGAGACGUUUCAAAGCAACUAAAAGACCAUCUCAUGGCACACGGCACAAGAUGCCUAGUUCGAGAGAAGCAGUGUUAGAAGCCUUGGCUAUGGAUGACAAUGAACCUGCCCCCGUAAAAAUUCCUUCUGCGAUAGUACGUCAUCAUAUCAUGAAAAAGCGAGUGUGUGCCUCUGCAGGAUGUUAUGUACAACAUACACCAAUUUGGUGGGGCAGCUCUGAAAAAAAGAUUUGUCAACGCUGUCACCAAAAGUGAACUAUUAAGUGAUUUUUUUUCUUGUUUUUUUUUGAGUUU